AAAAGAAUGGUACCAAGCUUCAGAAGUACACGUAUGGCCGACACCGCUGGUGCGUCUGUGCCGAUGCUCCAGUAGUGUGGUAAAAGAAUGGAGACUGGUUUAGAGGUCAAAGUUGAGCUCGUGCACCUUCGAGGAAAAUUUGUGAGGAGAAAAACAAAAUAUCUGAAGGAAAAUGCGACAUUUGAAGGAAUAUAGACGGUUAAUUUCUAUAAUUAGCAGACAUAUGUCAACAAAAGAGCAAAUAUUGACCACUGCAGCAGUCAGCCAGAAACAAAAUGAAUUGUUUGACCAAGAGAAGCGUCGUCAGCUGGAAAUGGUCAAGAGAAUUGAGAAGAUUACCGUCCAUCAUGUCGGUCAGUCUCAUAAUUGCAAAUUAGCCAUGAACAAGAAUCUUUCUACACCAUACCAUGUGGCAAUGCAUUUCAAUGAGACGUAUACAAAGCGUUCUGCAAUAGCGUUGGUGAAUGGAAAGCCGUGGCAUAUGCUCCAGCCAUUGACAGAGGACUGUGAAUUGAGACUAGUCACUAUGAAGGAUGAUGACCCUAAAGAGGCUAAUGAGGCUUUCUGGCGAUCAUGUUCCUUCAUGGCAGGCGCCAUCCUUCUCAAUGCCUUCAAAACAGAUGUCUAUAUCCAGCCUGUGAGGGCAGCAGAUAUUCCAGUUUCUCAAGGGUGCUUUGCCUACGAUGUAAAUCUACCUUUUCCAUGGGACCCAUCCCAAGAAGAGCUUACCAGUCUCAGCAGGCUAGCGUAUGAGUUAGCGGAGAAGAAAGAGCCCUUUGAAAGGUUAGAGGUCAGACCGAGCAUCGCCAUGGAUAUCUUCCAAGACAACGAGUACAAGGUUGCCGAGCUGAACUCCAUGACUGCAGACCGGAUAGUCCUCUUUCGUCUAGGCCAGUUCAUCGAUGUUAGUCCAGGACCAUUGGUUACCAAUUCAGGCUUCAUGGUUCCACACAGAUACUCUUUCACAUGCGUUCAUCACAUAGAGGAUCAUCUCAAGCCAGGAAACAAGCUUACCAGAUUCCAGGGUGUUGCUCUUCCUAGUGAUUUCCCGUGCCACUAUCAUACAUGGAAUUUAAUUCAAGAAAGAGCACAAACUCCAGUCACAACUGAUGCAUCAUCACCUUUGAUAGACUCAUGACAGCAUUACCGUUUCAGACAUAUGCAGCAACAGUAAAGUCACAGUCGCACCAACAAAACGAACACCAAACCGACCAAUGGUAUGCAAUCCAAAAUAACAAAAUUGAUUUGGUCGGUCUGGAGUCACUUUUGCUGAUGUGACUCUGGUAUAAGGAUGGAGUAAACAUUGUGUGUUGACUCUUAGAGGAUCAACCAAGUCAUCAGUUUCAAAGACUAUUCUGUACUUCAUCGGACUUGUAGAUUUACAGGUGUUGAGGUAGAGCAAUAAUUCUUAUGAAAUUAGUCAACACUUUCAAAGACUACUCUGUACAUGUGCUUCAUCAGACGUAAAUUUACAGGCGUUGAGGUAGAGCCAUAAUUCCUAUAUUAGUCAACACUUUCAUAGACUAUUUUGUACUUCAACAGACAUGUACAUUUACAAGCAUGGAGGUAGAGCCAUAAUUCCUAUGAUAUUAGUCAACAGUUUCAAGACUAUUCUGUACUCCAUCAGACGUACAUUUACAGGUGUUGAGGUAGAGCCAUAUUUCCAAUGCAACAGUUUCGAAAACUAGUCUGUACUUCAUCAUACAUGUACAUUUCCAGGCGUUGAGGUAGAGUCAUAUUUCCAACGAUAUUAGUCAACAGUUUCAAAGACUAGUCUGUACUUCAUCGUACAUUUACAGGCGUUGAGGUAGAGCCAUAAUUCCUAUGAUAUUAGUCAACAUUUUCAAAGACUAGCCUAUACUUCAUCAUACAUGUACAUUUCCAGGCGUUGAGAUAGAGUCAUAUUUCCAACGAUAUUAGUCAACAGUUUCAAAGACUAGUCUGUACUUCAUCAUACAUUUACAGGCGUUGAGGUAGAGCCAUAAUUCCUAUGAUAUUAGUCAACAUUUUCAAAGACUAGCCUAUACUUCAUCAGGCAUGUACAUAUACAGGCGUCAAGGUAGAGCCAUAAUUCCUAUGAUAUUAGUCAACACUUUCAGAGACUAGUCUGUACUUCAUCAAACACGUACAUUGACAGGUGUUGAGGUAGAGCCAUAAUUCCUAUGAUAUAAGUCAACAGUUUCAAGACUGUUCUGUACUUCAUCAGACAUACAUUUACAGGUGUUGAGGUAGAGCCAUAUUUCCAAUGCAACAGUUCAGAAAACUAGUCUGUACUUCAUUAUACAUGUACAUUUCCAGGCGUUGAGGUAGAGUCAUAUUUCCAAUGAUAUUAGUCAACAGUUUCAAAGACUAGUCUGUACUUCAUCAUACAUGUACAUUAACAGGCGUUGAGGUAGAGCCAUAAUUCCUAUGAUAUUAGUCAACAUUUUCAUGACUGUUCUGAACUUCAUCAUACAUGUACAUUGACAGUGACAUCAAGGUCAGGCCAUAAUAUCCAUGAAAUCAGUUUCAAAGACUACUCCCUUCAUCAUCUUAUACCCUGACUGAUGGCUCGUCAUCCACUAUACAGUGAAAACUAGGGGAGAAUUUUUUGUGUGCUCAGCAGGGUUGUGGUCAAAUCCGUUACUUCCGAGACAGGAAGCUGCUCGACAAACCUCCCAUAGACUUUGUACAUGUGAUUCGGACUGAGACCGAGGUCAAGGAUGGCAAAAUGUGACCUCAACUUCAUCCCUGAUGCUUAGUCCUGUGAGGAUCAGUCGCACUUAACUGAGAAGGCAUGUGAAAAAGUAAGCUUUUACGAAACAGAAAGAACUUUCUUGGCUUAUGUUCGGUACCAGGAUACUCUAUGCUACAUGUCAUGAUUUAUUGCCAAUCAUUUAAUCUCACGCUAUGAGAGAUCAAACAGACAGCUGAUUAUAUAGAACAGCAAUUACAAGGAUCGCUGCCAGACCAUAAUUGCCGGUGUUACAUAAUUGGUGCCAGUAUGUAUAAAAGGGAGAGAGGUCCAUGGUCCAGGUAUUAGACUGACCACCGGUAAUACAAAGGUUAUCAAUUGAUCAUGCCCUUGAUUUUCAAGAGUAAUUGCACAUUGUGGUCAUUUAUAAAGAACUUUAUCUACGAUUGCUAAGUUUUGUGUUAUACAGGUUCAAAAAAGUUAAGAAGACACAAACGUAAACUGUAUUUUGUCUUUGAAACAGAAUUCCGGGUAAGGUAAUCCGGAUCAUUUACAGGUAAUUUUCGGGUAAUGAAAAAAUUCCUGGUAAUCCGAAAAUUACAAUUACACAAAUAAACGUUGCAACUUUUAAUAUUCAUGUUUUGUUCAAAUAAUCAUUUACCUUGAUACGUAGCUCAAAAUUUUCCGCCCGCGCUCGCAUUUCGUAAUUUUGGUCCUAUUUUUAAAGAAGGCAUGAAAAAAAUGUUAAAUUCCUUGAUUUUGGUCACUUAGUCCAAAUUUAGGCUCGCUGUAUUAUUGCCUGUUUUUUGUUACAAAUCAAACUUGAAAAUUGCAGGAAAUGUAUAUGAAUUUCGAGAAACUUGGGAUUCAGUUUCGGGAAAUUCGUUUUGGAACUGGAAACACUGUACCCAUGUUUGAGUAAUUUUCUUAAUGAGUACAUAUUAUCAAAUAAAUAUGCAUAAUGAAAUGUA